AAUGCCUGCAAAUGCCGUCCGUGAAGCAAGUUCUCGCUUGCGCGGUGUGGCUUCUAGUUCUAGGGGAAGCCGCCGACAGGAUUUUCUACCUCGGCAUCGUGGAGGAGUACUGGGAUUAUGCGCCGACCGGGGAGAAUCUGAUUAAGGGGAAAAACCUGACAGAAGAUGAAGAAGCCAUUCCAUUUGUGAAAAGAGGAGCUAACAGGAUAGGCCGUGUUUACAAAAAGGCCAUUUUCAGACAAUUCACAGACAAGACCUACUCUCAGGAAAUCGCCAAACCAUCUUGGCUUGGUUUUCUUGGACCUGUGCUGAGAGCUGAGGAAAGAGAUACAUUCAUCGUUCAUAUGAAGAACUUUGCUUCCCGGCCUUAUUCUGUGCAUCCACAUGGAACCUUUUAUAAGAAAGAUUCUGAAGGAGCCCUUUACCCUGAUGGCACAGGGGGCAAAAGUAAAGCCGAUGAUUUUGUGCUUCCCGGUGGCAAUUAUACGUAUACAUGGCCUGUGACCGAUGACUUUGCCCCUACGGCGGCAGACCCCCAGUGCCUGACUUGGAUUUACCAUUCACACAUUGAUACUCCAAAAGAUAUCAGCUCCGGGUUGAUUGGACCGCUGCUGGUUUGCAAGAAAGGUUCAUUAGACAAUGUUUCUAUGCCGGUGGCCAGUAUGCCUAAAGGAUUUACUGUGAUGUUCAGCAUCGUAGAUGAAAAUCUCAGCUGGUACUUGGAUGAAAAUAUAAACACCUUCUGCUUAGAGCCCAGCACUGUUGAUAAAGAGGAUAAAGAUUUCCAGGACAGCAAUAAGAUGCACACAAUUAAUGGCUAUUUUUUUGGAAAUCUCCCUGGUCUGGAGAUGUGUGCCGGCGAACGGAUAUCCUGGUAUAUGAUUGGGAUGGGGAACGAGAUUGACAUUCACUCCGCUCAGUUCUUUGGCCACACCUUCAUUAAUCAAGGACACCGAGCAGAUGUCAUCAGCCUGUUUCCAGCCACCUUUGUUACAGCAGAAAUGAUGGUGGAGAAUGUUGGGAAGUGGGUUUUAACCUGCCAAGUUGCUGAACACAUACAAAGGGGUAUAAUGGGAUUAUACAAUGUCAAGGCAUGUGACCAAAAUGCAUCCAAGCCUUUACCGAAAGGUCAGGAGAGAAGAUACUUCAUCGCUGCUGAAAUGAUUCUGUGGGAUUAUGGGCCUGAUGGGAUCGACCAGUUCACUGGGCAACCUUUAAACGCUACAGACAGCGAUUCAGCACCUUUCUUUAGACAAGGAGAUGACCGAAUAGGAGGUCGCUAUUGGAAAGUUCACUACGUCCUGUACACGGAUAGAAAGUUCGCCAGAAGAAAGGAGCAACCUGAAUCUGCCACCCAUCUCGGCAUACUUGGCCCAGUGAUCAAAGCUGAAGUUGGAGAUACAAUUUUGGUUACUUUUGCCAACAAGGCAGACAGGAACUUCAGCAUGAUGCCACACGGCGUGGCCUUCAACAAGUCAUCAGAAGGAGCCCCUUAUCUGGAUGGGCAUCAGAAGCCGGGAGCCCGUGUUGAACCCGGUGAAAUCUUUGAGUACAAGUGGAGUGUUCCUGAAAGCGUUGGCCCAACGGACAGCGACCCAUCAUGUCUCACUUACCUAUAUUAUUCAGCAACUGAUCCAGUGAUGGACACCCAGUCUGGUCUUGUGGGGCCUUUACUCAUCUGUAAGAAGGGUACUCUGGAACCUGAUGGAAAACAGAAAGGAGUGGACAAAGAAUUCUAUCUGCUAUUUACAGUCUUCGAUGAGAAUAUGAGCCACUAUAUUGACAGAAACAUUGGUGCAUUUACUGGCGAUCCAUCUAAAGUUGAUAAGGAAGAUGAGAGUUUCAAGGAAUCCAACAAAAUGCACUCUGUCAACGGGUACCUCUUUGGUAACUUGCCUGGCCUCACUAUGUGCAAGAAUGACAUGGUUUCUUGGCAUAUGAUUGGACUGGGCAGCGUGACAAACAUGCAUGGUGUUUAUUUCCAAGGGAACACCAUUCACUUGGGUGGCAGAAACAGGGAUACCCUUGCCUUGUUCCCACAUACAUCGAUGACAGCGCUGAUGCACCCAGACCGAGUAGGGACUUUCCGAGUGGAUUGCAGAACAUUUGACCACUUUAUCGGUGGGAUGAAGCAUCUGUAUAAAGUUAAAGCUUGCCGCAAGGCAUCUGAAGACAGGAAAUGGUAUGGAACCGUCAGAACACAUUACAUUGCUGCAGAAGAAGAAGAAUGGGAUUACGCUCCUAACAAGACUUGGGCAGAGAAGGGGAAUUCCGCAAGCCAAGAGGAAAGUUAUGGACAUGUGUUUGUGAGCCAAGGUGAAGAUCGCAUAGGUUCAAAGUAUAAGAAGGCAGUUUACAGAGCCUACAAGAAUGGAUAUUUUAUGGAGCCUAAAAAGAGGACUGCAAGGGAGCUACAUCUGCAAAUUCUCGGGCCCUUGAUCCAUGCAGAAGUUGGCGACUCGAUACUGAUUGUGUUUAAGAAUAAAGCAAGCCGGCCUUACUCGAUAGCAGCUCACGGAGUAGAAGAAGCAGCAGGUGGUAAAGAAGCCGGUGUUACUAUGCCAGGAGAAAUAAGCAUAUACCGAUGGAAUGUUCCGGAAAGAUCAGGCCCUGGUGUCACCGACCCUGAUUGUAUCACUUGGGUUUACUAUUCAACGGCACAUUUUGUAAAGGACGUGAGCAGUGGUUUAAUUGGGCCGCUUAUAAUUUGCAGAAAGGGAGUGUUAAAUGCAGAGGGUUUAAGGACAGACAUAGAUCGUGAGUUUGCUCUUCUGUUCAUGGUCUUUGAUGAAAAUGAGUCCUGGUACUUGGAAGAUAAUAUUGGGAAAUAUCUACACAAGAAUCCAAUGGAAUUCAAUCACACCGAUGAUUUCGUGGAAGGAAACCAGAUGCAUGCAAUCAACGGAAAGAUCUUUUUCAACCUUCCUGGGUUAACCAUGAAAGAAAGGGAAAGCACAAACUGGUAUUUAAUUGGGAUGGGAAAUGAAAUUGACCUUCAUACGGUCCAUUUCCAUGGAGAGACCUUCCUCUUCAAGACUGAGCACGAACACAGAGGAGAUGUGUAUGACCUGUUCCCAGGGACCUUUCAGACUGUGGAACUUUUUGCCUUUAACCCUGGGACAUGGCUUUUACACUGCCACGUGCACGAUCACGUCCACGCUGGGAUGGAGACAACCUACACUAUCAUCAGCUCUGAUCAUGUGAACACAACCACAAGAUAUGAUUUAGUCACUGUCAGUGGUGGAACUACUGCUAAAGAUAACGGUGGAGAAAGAAUAGAUUUCUUGGGGAAACCUCUGGACCUACAAGAAGUAAACCUGGUCCUCAAAGCUCUUUUCUUCACCGGACUUGUUCUUCUGGUUACUGUCCUAGUCCUUAUGGUCUUUAUUGCUUGCCAGAAAAAGAGGACACCAUAUAAAGAAAUUGGCCAGAACUGUGAUCUCCCAAUGGAAUCUUUCUAAUCAGGUGUUUUGACUGUACAGAGGACUUUGUUCAGUGUGUCUGCUAAAUUGAUGGUACACCUUGCAGUGAGCCAAAAUGAUAAUGUUUACAGGUAAAAAGACCUAAGCUGCUGCUGUAAUGAGAUACUUUCAAGAAUUAUUGCUGAGA